AUGUUCAGGCUAAAGUCUAUUCUAAGUAAAAGUGGUAAACUUGACAAUAAAGUUAAAAGAAUUGGACCACACAUAGAAAUCUUCCAAGUGUUCCGGGAAAGGACCAAAUUUGUAAAUACCAAAAAAGUAGUUAGAAUGAUCAUCAUCAUACAGGCCUAUGUCAGAGGAUGGCUUGAACGCAAAAGAUUGCAGAGAAUAAUGAUCAAGGCUUUGUCUCAUGGACCAAAUUUGAGAGCAGUUAUAAACAUGUAUCGUAGACAGAUCUAUCGUGUUAAAUAUCGACUUGGUCUUUGGAGGACAAGACAAAUUAUAAACUUUGUAGAACUAGAGGAAUGGAUGGACAGAAAAAAGUUCUAUGAAACAAUGUUUGCUAAGAGAGAAGAUUGGCAAGGAUUAGAAAGAAGUGAGCUCCUCAAGUUCUUCAAUGACUGUGGUCAUUUCCCAACCCAGCAGCAAAUUGACGAGGUUUGGGACCUGGUCCAUAGAGAAGACCAUGAGAAAUAUUCUGAACUCAUCAAGAAGUUCAAUGCGAUUGAAAUGCUAUUUACACUCUAUCCUCCUCAAGGUGCCCAUGUGCGUAAUAAUAUACGGCUUAGGUCAACUUGGCUGAGACCAGUAGUAAAUGGUGAAGAAGGUUAUAGAUAUAUAGGCCUUCUGAUGAAGCAACCAACCAAGCCAUUCACUGCUGCCCAAGCAUAUUCACAACUCACAAAGCUGAUGACUAGGUGUACUACUUGAAGCUCUGCCCACUGGAAUACUGUCUCUCACCAUUGGUAUUCAGGACCACUGCUGAGUAGGGCUCUAUGUAGUGCAUUUAUGGUCCAGUUUUGGUUCUCACAGUCAUAUUAAGCCAACCCAUCUGUGAAACAAACUGUUUUUUUUUUUCCCUUCUCUUCCAUUAACCGGUCAUAGGGAAUCCUCAACAAAGCCAUGAGUGUGAGAUAAGAGAAAGAAAGUUAGGUGCAACUGAGGUAGGUAACAUGAUAGAGUGGGCACCUGUUCACAUAACUGACUUUUGUCUUCCCUAUGUGCUUAAAUCCAAUCCCAAAUAGACGUUUCCAUUGCAUGAUGGGUUGCUGCUGUGCCCAUCAACCUGAUGGUUCAUAUGGGAGGCUCCAAUUCCAUAGUCACUCUACUGAGGCAUAAUACAUGCUAAGGUCACUUUUUAAACAUUGAAUAGUUCUUCUGUAUAGGCAAUAUGGAUUUGCUCCAGAAAUCUUGGGGAGUGCAUCAUGACUUUGCUAUCAAGGCUUGCUAGUGGAUCCCCAUGGCAUCCUUAUCCACCAUGGAUACUCCCUCUAAUAAUGUGGAAUCUUCCGUGUCUUGUGGCCAAGGAGAAGUGUUGUGUGUAUUGCAGUCUGUAUCUGCUGCAGAACCUUCUUUUGCUCUGGGCCCCAUAUAGUAUCAAACUUCCAAAUCACUUGAUAAAUGGAUCAGGGCAACAUUCCCAAGUGUUUUACGAGCUACAUCCAAAAUCACAUUCUGCACAGCAACUACAUUGGUGGCUACUAUGUAGUUAUGUUUUCAGCCGUUAGCUGUUUGCCAUGAUCCAUCUGGUUUUCCAAAGCACCAAAUUGUUGAAUUCAAUGCGGAUAUGAUGGGGACCAUUACUUCUGCACUUUUAAAAUCUUUGAAGGAGGCAAUGAUCUCUGACACUUCACUGAAGAUGUGUUUUGCUUCUCAUUUGAGAUUUCAGCUGGGUCUGGGGCUAUUUCAGGGACUGUCACCUGGCUGCUUUUCUACCUGCUGCUAUGGUUCUUAAUUUACAGAUUAGAGAACCAGUGUGAGGGUUCUGCAAGCUGUUAAUUAUAUCCAUCCUGAUUGUGCACUCAGAUGCCAGGAAAAUAACCCUCUAGUAGGUUCAUGGACAUCAUUUUUCACCAGGCCUCCCUAGACCCAGCUCUAAUAAGGAGUCCUGAGGAUCUUUUGAAUCCUCCUGUUACCAGUAUUAGCUCAUACACUUUAUUCAACAAUCCUUGAAAUAUAUGGGAACAAUUCCUCUGGGAAAUGUCUAUAUGUCUUUUUUGGGGGUAAGGAGGAGGAUUGGAGAAUAGAUAUUGUAUAUAUUUAUUCUGGCAUUACAGGAUCAUUCCUGAAGGAGAACCUGCCUCCUCUUCAGUCAAUGUUCAUUGGGUCUGAUUCAUGUUUGGUGGCUGAUAAGAUGGUUUUCUAUUCUGUUGGCUAACACAGACUUUGCUCACCUGCUCUUGAUAUAUCUUGGCUUUGAAAGUUAAGCAACACCCUUUUAGAGGCCUCUCACCUCUCAAAACAUCAUGGUCUAUUUGCCAUAACUACAGGUAUCUCCUGCGUAUUAUGGUAAUAUAUCCACUUUGCCUCCAACAAUUAAAUAAUAUUACUUGACCUCCAUUAUCACAGAGUCUUAUCACCAUCAUUGGUAACUUAAGGUCCAGUUACUUAGCUGUCCUACAAAGGACAGCCUCCACUGGAUUUCUUAAUGAUACCAAUGCCAUCCCCCCAUUAACCCAGGCCUUAUCAUUUGAGUAAAGGGAUACUCCCUUCAGCUGUCCUGCAAAAAACAGUCAUCUCUGUCUUACAGGAUAAGUCCACUCUAGCAUACAUUCCUCUUUGACCCUUUUGGCCCCUUCCUCAAUACUGUGGCAGAGCAGUUCUGAUAACCUUACCUCAAUUACCAUCAUUUCUUCUGUGCUUGGAAGAAUCAACCCAUCAGUCUAUUAGAACUGGCCACAGGUGACCUUGCCUGGUCAGUAAAUCUUGAGUCAUGAUAAAGUGCCCCACAUCAAUGAACUCUCUCUUAUUCAACCUUUUAUUCUGCACCCACUGGGCCAUCACUCACAAUAUCUAUUCUCAGGCAUAGUCUCCUAUCCGCCUCUCCCCCCUCCCCAGGAUGUUUUGGUCAGAUCCCAAAGCUAUUUUGGUGAUAAUCCUUUUCCUCCCAUAGCAAGGACUAACCCCCCACCCCAAUCUGGCCAUGCUGAGCCUUAAUUCUAGUUAUUGGUUCAGAAGUACUGAGAAGAGGGCGUAGAUUUCACAGGGGCAGGCAUCAUCUUGUGAGGCAACUCCAUCAGGUGAGACAUUUACAUGUCCUCUAAUGAAGGGAGAUUGGUGUUCUCUAGCAAGGGGAUGGGGUCCUUUUCUGUCUGUGUGGUGACUUAGGAGUCUGCAGGUUCAUGCGUCUCAAACAUAUUCAUCCAAAUGUUCUGAUUUCAACAACUUUACCAGGAACUCUAACUCUGACUUUGGCAUGGGAAACUGGUCAGGGCUGGAGUUUCAAUCUAUUGCACUUAGUAACAGCCCACCUACUUUAAAAUUCUUAUAAUUACCCAUCUGUUAAGCUUAGAGACAUUGUAUAAGCCAGUGUCUUCCCUUCUAUCUGUAUCCGUCCCAAUUCACCUCACACAAGAACCCAGUAAUUAUAGUGUGGCAGCAAUAUCAGGAAUUAUACCCAUGUCAUGACCAGCAAUGGUAUCCUUAAUUGCUGUCUGAUUGAUAAAUGACUGAGUUUCAGAAUACCAUGUUGAGAGAUGGCUUUCUGAGACAAAUUCUCUUACCAGCUAUCUUAGUUUUAGUUCCUUCAGAAGCAGAUCCUGAGCAAGGAAUUAAGUGCAAGGAGUUAAUUUUGCAGGUGAUUUCAGAAAAUGCAGGUGGAGGAGGGAUGAAGUGAGGCAGAGAGGGAAGCAAUGAAGGGUGAGUUAGCAAGUAUGUUGCCACCAUGGACAGCCAAGCCUUAAUUCCCCAGGGACCUCUGGAACACCUCAGACUGCUAAAAAGGCACAAGAGGACUGGAGCAUUUACCCACCAGUUUCCUAUGUAUCAUCGGAUGAUGGACUUUUUUGGGUGCACAUUACCUCUUUGACACCUUGGAGUUGCCUGCAUACAGGCCCAGGGGCAGGAGAAGCUCUCACGGAGAGAGUUGCAGGUCUCGAAUAAUUACUAUUAUUGAGGCACUUUCGUGUCUUGGCUUCUAUGAUCACACACUCUACUGGCUUGAGGUACUACCGACUCCCAAGUUUAUUCUUCUUAUGUAGACUUCUCUCAUGUUCCUUAGACCCUUUGCCUGUUAGAUAUUAUUACUCAGAGGGCUUACAUGCAUCUGAAACCCAGCAUAUCCAAGACUCAACUCCCACCUUCCCACUUUCUAAAAUGGUUUCUCUUUCUGGAUCCCCUGAAUAUAUGAUUGGCACCUUCCUACUGGUUGCCUAAAUCAGAAAACCAGGGUUAUUCUAGCCUUGCCUCUUUCACUUUCUCUCUCUCCACAUUCACCACUCAAAAAUGCCAGUAUGUCUUCUAAAUACCUUUUACAUUUUCUUUUUUCCCUCCACCCACACUGCCAUAGUGCAGACCAUUAUUAUUUUUACUUGAAUUACUGUUACAAAAGCCUAAUUGAUCUCUCUGCUUUCCACUCAAUCCAUUCUCCACAGUGCAGUCCCUGUAAUAUUUCCAAAGAUAAGUUUGAUAAAUUGUUCCUAUACUUAAAAUAGUUUCUCGUUGAUCUUAAAAUGAAGACCAGUUCCAUUAAGGUAGUGAUCCAGGUCCUUUAGAUCCAGCCUCUGCUUCUCCCUAUCCUCAAUUCUUUUCAUUUCCACUCUUAAAGGCUAGACUCCGGGGUACUAAACUUUUUUCAGAUCCUUCCUUUUCUGGAUUUUCACACAUGGCUUCUCUGCCUGUAAUACUCCCUUUCCACUCUCCACUCUUCCUUAACCUUGUAACUGCUUAUAAUUCUUUACGUCCCAACUUAGACAUUUCUUCCUGGAGGUCUUUACUCCUUGAUUCCCUUGAGUGGUUUGGUUGGCCAGUGAUGUGCUCCUACUAGUAGUAAUCUUCACCUCCUUGUCAGAAUUUAUUAUAUUUCAUUGCAAUUAUUUUUAACUGAUUUCCCCUUAAAUUAUACUGUAUGAUCUGUGGGGGCAACGAUCAUGCCUUUCUUAUGCACUUUUAAAUUUUCAGCAACUAGCCAUAGUUUCUAGUACAUAUUAGGUCCUUAAUAAAUGUCUGCUUAUAGACAGAUUAUUUAUUACCUUUAGCUCUUUAAAACAUACUGUGUUUCAUAGAUGUUUUACUUGAUCAUCUGUUUCUUCAGUGCCUAGUACAGUGCUCGGUAAGUAGAGGCAUUUGUUAACUAUUAGUUAACUUAAGAAAUAAAGAUCUUGGGCGCCUGGGUGGCUCAGAUGGUUAAGCGUCUGCCUUCGGCUCAGGUCAUGAUCCCAGGGUCCUGGGAUCGAGUCCCGCAUCGGGCUCCCUGCUCCUUGGGAGCCUGCUUCUCUCUCUCUCUCUCUGUCUCUCAUGAAUAAAUAAAUAAAAUCUUAAAAAAAAAAGAAAUAAAGAUCUUAUGAUAUUGCUUAGUAAUAGAAACAAGCACAUUACCGAUACCAGAUGAAAAUACCUAAUGAGAAUCACUAGUACAAUCAUGUUUAUGCUCAGAAUGUAUAAGUCAUUUUCAGUUUACUAAUGUUAUCCCUCUUCAUAAUUACAUAUGCAAUGGUACCAAGCAAAUGUUAUUUCUAAAUUAAUUCAGAAUGAAGGAAUACUUGUUAAAUAGUAUCUGUGAAUAUUCCCCUAGUUAUUCUGGGGUAAUAAAUAAUUCACAUACUCAAACUUGAAAAAAAAUUGACAAAUCCCCAUAAAAGUAAUGAAAAUCAUUACCAUUCCAAGAUUCAGUGGUGUAUUUUAAGAUAAGAAUUGAAGAGGCAUCCUCAGGGAAUUACCUUAGCAGGGAAGCCAAAGAAUUUCCCCUAUAAACUUUUCGCUCCACAGAACUAAAUGUUAAAUAACUUCAUGGUUAGAAAAUGUAUUCUCCCUUCCACUAGCUAAAUAUUUCUCUGUGGCUUGGAUUAUCAUUUCCUAAAUCUGUUAUGACACGCUCCUUCAGAGUGCAGCUCAAAGACACUUCUGCAGCUUUCCUUCAUCCUUGUGAGGUAUGUCUAAUAACUUCCCACCAAAUCCUUCAUGUCUUUGUUUUCCAUCCUGGAAAACAUAUGGUCUAUUUUAUCCAAAUAGAGUUCCUGUCAGGCAAUUGGGAGACCAGGAUAUCCUGUUUUAAAUUGGGGUUAUCUGGAGGGAAAUGUCACUUUUUGAAAGUAUCUAUUAUUCUGUGUCUUGUCAGGGAGAUAUUAAUAAAAUUUGAUAGAAUAUGGUAAUGCAAGUUUGUUUGUUAUUCUUCACCAUGCUGUGGUAACCCCGGUCUUUCUCUCUCCAAAAGAAAGAAAAACAAAUGACUCUCUGGAAGGUUUCUAAAAUAGUACUAAACAAAAAUAUUUCAACAUGAUUGAUAAAGUCUUAAGACCUGGAUAUUGGUGAUUGGAAUGGCUGAGAGGAGUCAGUGCUCCUGAACUAGUCUUUUAAUAAAGUGGGCACAUAUUGGAAAGAUAUAUUUUUGACAUUUUGCAUAAGGCAAAAAAUCAGCAAGCUUGACUGAGCAAGAUUGUGUGCUGUUAGAUACAGUGUAGUUCUUUCAUUAACACUAGAUUGAAUUCUGAACAUGGUCCAAGCUUGAUGGAGAUCUACAUGAAAACCUGAUUUACAUUUGUUGAGUUUUCCAUGCAUUUCUGAAAAGCUGCCAGAUCUGGUAUCAAUGGAGGUACUGUAUAUUAAAAGAAAGCACAACCAACUAUCUUCCAUUGAGUUGGAUCAUCCUGAUUACCUUGAUAUUUUUGUCCAAUUGUAUCAGAUACUCUGAGAAAAGCAAAACAGUAUCCUUUUGUAUGCUGAACUUAUUAUAUUAAUUUUCUUCAUGCAAACUAAUGGAACUGUAGAAUUUCUGUGGGGCCCACAUAGGGUAUUUUCAAAUGAAAUCACCUUAUCUUAAAAGCUGUUUAAGGUAACAUACUAUGUAGAGAGAAUGAUUUUAUAUGAAAAAGUAAAUGUCAAUACGCUGGCAAAAAAAUAAAUAAAAGGUUUCACAUGGUGGUACUUUCAAGAAAGUUUUAGUUUGAUUUUAAAUUUGUAUUUGAUUUUAAAUUCCUAUAACCUGCAGCUUUUUAUAUUAUCAUGAUUACAUUGUUCUUACAUUCAGAGUUCUACUGCCCUCCAAAAGCACCUGGGCAU